AUGAUGGAUAUAAAUGAUGUUAAUGAUGAAUGCGAUAGUGGUUCUCAUUCAACGAAAGCUUUAUUUGAUGAAGAAAUGUUACCAACACAAAUUGACUCUGAUCAAAUUUUUUCCAAAUAUAAAUAUUCAAAUGAAUCUAUUCAAUUAGCGGAAUGUUCUUCGGAAAAAUUACAUUGUGUUCACUGCAAUGCUGUUUUUACUAAUAAAAAUGAUUUACAUGAACAUGAAUUAAAUCAUAAUGCAAAUCAAGUCUCCUGUCAUAUAUGUCAAAAAAUUUUUGCAAAUACAUAUCGUCUUCAACGUCAUAUGUUAAGUCAUGAAAUCGAUCCUCAAACACGAAAAUUUCAAUGUUUACAUUGUCCAAAAGCAUUUAAAUUUAAACAUCAUUUAAAAGAACAUAUUCGUAUUCAUACAGGUGAAAAACCAUUUGUUUGUCCAAAUUGUAAUAAACGAUUUUCUCAUUCGGGUUCAUAUUCAUCCCAUAUGGCAUCAAAAAAAUGUUGUUCACAUAAUUCUGAUUUAGAAGAAGGAGAAAUUUUACCAUUAAAAACUGAUCAAAAUCUAUUUAAAUCUUUUCCAAUUAAUGAACAAUAUAUACAAUAUUAUUUUCAUAUUUUACAAAAUAUUAUAUCACAAACAGAACCAUUAGAUUUAUCAAUAAAAAAAUCCAGUGAAUCUCAUUCAGAAAUUGAAUCAUUAAGUCCAAAUAGUUCAUCUGAAAUAAGUUUUUUAUCAAAUGAUGAUUUAUCAAAUAAUAAAAGAUUAACAUGUAAUAUAUGUGAUAAAUCUUUCAAUAAACAAAGUUCAUUAGCUCGUCAUAAAUAUGAACAUUCAGGUGUUCGACCAUUUAUUUGUGAUAUCUGUAAAAAAGCAUUUAAACAUAAACAUCAUCUUGCGGAACAUCGUCGUUUACAUACUGGUGAAAAACCAUUUCAAUGUAGCAAAUGUUUUAAACGUUUUAGUCAUUCUGGUUCAUUUAGUCAACAUAUGAAUCAUCGAUAUAAAUAUUGUCAUCCCUAUCAAACGGAAGAAGAUGAAAAUUCUAAUCAACAAGAUACAAUUGAUGAAGACAUAAAUUAA